AUGACAACGAAGACAGUUCUUCAGCGUCGUGAAUGGACGGUUGAGGAAAAAUUAAAAAUUUUAUCUCAAUUGGAUAAAGGUGUUUCAUUAUACGAACUUGAACACCAAACUCAAGGAAAAUGUACAAGAAAAAUGAUUCAAAGUUGGAAGAAGAAAGAAGGUGAAUUAAUUAAAUUAAUUAAAGAAAAACGCGGAAAAGGAAAGAAAAGGAAACGGGUGGAAGGAGGAGGAGGGAAAUUGAAUUAUUAUCUUCAAUUAGACAAACAUUUAAUGAAUUGGUAUCGUUCAAAACGUGGACUGGAUCAAGAAGAUGUUGGUGUUCAUAAAGAAAAAGGAACGUUUAAAGGACUGAUUCGAGUAGGACAAAGAUUUUGUGAUGCAAAUAAAUUAAAAGAACCAUCAAAAAAAUGGUUUGUUCGUUUUUUGAAGAGAAAUCGUUUAUCUCUUCAAAAACCUGUUCAUCAACAAAAAAUUUCCCUUCCUGAACCUGCUGCUGCCCGAACAAAAUUUCAUUCUUUGUUACGACCUAGCAGUCACUGGGGUCCAAAACGGGCUUAUAAAUUGGGCUUUAUAAAUUCGGGCUUAUAUUACAAAUUAUUAUAA